AUGGAAUUGAAAGAAAAGUUUGAUAGUGUUGUGACAGAGAAAGAAAAUCUAUUACAAGUUCUCAACUCGAAUCAGGACAAGGAUAAGGAGGCUGUCCAAUUGUUGCAAAAGGAGCUAUCGGCAGCGAACAACUCAGUUAUGGAACAUGCGAAGGAGAAAGAGGGAUUGCUGGUUGAACUGGAAUCAUUAAAAAAGACUGUAGCUGCCGAAGUAGAGUCGAAAAAUGCGGCUAUCGAAGAGAUUUCUUUAGCUAAGCAACAAAUACAGCAACUCUCUGAAGAGAAAAAAGCUCUGGAAGACCAGCUCCAAAAGUCGUCGCGUGAUGAAGCAGAGAUGAAAGAAAGGGUCUCAAACCUUGAGCGAGACAAGGUUCCGUUUUCCUCAAAAUCAUUCUUAUUGAGCGUAUUCGUCAGUAAUUGUUCAUGGGAAAAUCUACGAAGUCAGCAUGAAGAGGAAUUGAAAGUUGCCCGGACACAAUUACAACAGCAGGCGGGCACAUCUUCACAAGUACAACAACAGGUGAAUAAUUAUGCUUCUAGAAUCAACCGUGAACUCUAG